AUGGCGAGUAAUGGCAUCGGAGGCUCGUUCCCCGCUACACGCCCAACCCACAUACAAACCCUUUACACCCCUACACCCCGCUAUAAGCCCCUCUACCGCUACACACCCGCCUACAAGCCAAAGCCGACACGCAAGCCAAGCUACCAACACGACCCGGUCUACACCCCAGAGCCGGUCUACACCCCAAAGCCGGUCUACACCCCAAAGCCGGUCUACACCCCAGAGCCGGUCUACACUUACCCCAAGCCACUCUACGAGGCCAAGCCGGUCCACAAGCCCGAGGAACCCCUUUACAAGCCAGUCUACAAGGGUGUCAAGCCCAAGACCCUCCACAAGCCGGUCUACAAGCAUGAACCUGAGUACCAUGAUGGACCCUCAGAGUACGACUUCGGAUACGGGGUGACGGACGACUACCACGGCACCCACUUCGGCCACUCCGAGAAGCGCGACGGCUACCGAACCGAAGGCCAGUACUUCGUGGAUCUUCCCGACGGACGCAGGAUGAUCGUCAACUAUUAUUCCGACGAGACCGGCUACCACCCGACCAUCACUUACGAGGGCAAGCCGACCUACCCCGAGCCCAAGCCUGUGUAUAAGCCUGAACCCUUGUACACGGCUAAGCCUGCUGUGUAUAAGCCUGAACCCUCGUACACGGCUAAGCCUGUUGUUUAUAAGCCUGAACCUUCGUACACAGCUAAGCCUGUUGUUUAUAAGCCUGAACCAUCGUACAAGCCGCUUUAUGAACCUACUUACAAGCCUGUUUAUGGACCGACUUACAAGCCCGCCCCUGUUUACAAGCCUUCACAUCGCCAUGGGUCUCUUAGGUUCUAAGAAAGUCACAAAUUAUUUGUCUUUUUAGAUUUAAUAAAGAUAUUUAUCAGAAUUAAAAACAAAGCGCUCGAAUGGAACUUGAAUUUAUCUUCAAUGAUUACUUUUCGGAUGAUUGUGUAAUCAGGAAAAAAAAAAAUAUAUGUCCUAGUCAUUUUCAGACGGAUCUAAUAUUCACAAAUCUAUAAAACACAUAAUCUAAAAAAAAUAAUUUAUAUAUCAGAGUAUAUAUAUAUUUUUAUAUAAGAAUAAUUGUUGACUUGUUGAUCCAUGGUGAAUUGUUCGUGAAGCACUGGAAAUAGAAUUAAUUAACGUGUCAGUGUUUGGUAAAUGGUUCAUUGUAGGUGACACUAACCAACCAAUGUUUAUCAAAGGUUUCUCAAUAAAACGAGGCAAAACUU